CUUUUUCGGGGACAGCUGGCUGUGAUAUUUCCCUUCUGUCCUCAUCUCUCUUCUCGGUAACUCAUGCUUUGAUAAUUCUCACCACGUUUCGCUCUCGGUUGUUCGAUAUACUCUUUGCCCGUCGAAUCCAACUACCAUCUCGUAUCCGUCCUAGGGCUACUACGGCCGUCACCACCACCACCGCCGCCAUGGUCAAGUUUUUUCAGCCCAAGGUUGAUCCCUUGCCUACGGGCAUUGACUUGACGGGCAAGACCGCGGUCAUCACCGGUGCCAGUGCAGGCAUGGGUCUGGAAGUCACCAAGCAGCUUUUGCGCUUGCGCCUCUCCACCGCCAUCCUCGCCGUGCGCAAUGUCACCAAAGGGGAGGCCUGCAUCAAAUCGCUGCUGCAGGACCGCGGCAUUCAAACCCACAACCCCAAACCCACCAUAAAGGUCAUGGAGCUUGACAUGGACCGAUACGAUAGCGUGCAGCAAUUCGCGAAAACUCUCCGCGAAGAGGUUCCGGUCGUUGAUCUCCUCAUCCUCAAUGCGGGGGUUGCUUCUUUGAACUUCGAACGUAGCCCAAGUGGCCACGAGAGGGUGACCCAGGUCAACUACUGCUCCAACGUCCUGCUCGUGGCCGAGCUUCUCCCUCACCUGGAAGCCGGUGCGGAGCAGACCGGUUCCCCUGCCCGGAUCAGUUGGGUAGGCAGUCGUUCGCACGAGACACCCAGUUUCGAGAAGAAGUCCCCCAUUGGAGCCGACGAGGGGGUCUUGGAGCAUAUGGACAAAGAGGGAGCUUUUGUCCCUUUCCAACGGUAUAAUGAUACCAAGUUACUCUGUGUGCUGUUCUUGUACAGCCUGGCGCCGCGCCUGGAUCCUAAAAAGGUCGUCAUCAAUACAAUGUGUCCGGGUAUGGUGAACACAGGGAUGAGCGACAUGCUCCCACUACAUCUGCGCUUGAUUUUCAACGUCAUCAAAGCCAUUCGCGCCCGUCCAGUCGAGGUUGGAGGCUGGAUUAUCCUGAACGCUGCAAUCGUUGCAGGCCCAGAGUCCCAUGGGAAGUUCCUGGCGGAUAAGACCAUCACCGAUAAAUCUGCAAUUGUUACCUCCCCGAUGGGCCAGGAUAUUCAAAAGAAACUUUGGGAAGAGACAAUCACCGAGCUGAGCAAGUUGACCACCCUUCCUCCCCAGUUCCGUUAAAUUGAACUGGUUAGCAAGCCAUGACGACGGAUUACGUGUUUCCUGCCGUUCUCAACAUUUUUAAUACUCCCUUGGCUUUUUCGAGUGUUCUCAUGUUUUUCUUUCUUCUUAUUUCCCUCGACUGCUGUGGUCAUUCCCUUCCGCUAUAUCUCUUUCUUUCGUCGACCAGUGCAAGUGGUACGAUUACGACAUCUCAUAUACUAGAAGAACUAUUCUGAACGCAUAUAACUAGCUCAAUCCUGCCCAAUAAGUAUUAAUAAAAACCUUAGCCACGUUGAA